UGACAUUGAACUCAUUGGAGCGGAUGGCUUCUUCCAUGUGCCGCACGGUGCCAGGGCGCAGAGUAUGGUGCCGUCUAUGCGCACACAUCGAGCAUCCAUUCCAUAUCCUCUGCCUGAGGCCGCCGACUCUUGCCUGCUUGCCAAUGAGAUUCUGCGGGUUCUGACCGACAACUCUUACUCAGAGGCUGUGAAGCAUCAAUACCUCAUAUCACUAAAGGAAGAAUGGUUCAAGUAA